AUGGUCACUCUAGAUCGGCAAGUAGCCGUAGAGCCACUGGGGACUGACUCGUAUGGGUCGGUAAUGCCCCCAACUAGAAUGGGCGCUCUGGCUUCAUAUGCAUACGGAGGAAAUACACUGGCUGUGGCGGUCAAUGCCGCUUAUCAAACGGUGCAACCUUUAUUCCACUUAUACUCAAUCUGUGGGCACUUCAUCCGCGCCGCGAGGACAGAUCGCAGGCUCAUUUGCCAGGUGGAAAGAGUCAGGGAUACGCGUACCUUUCAGACCCGCGUUAUCCGAGUGAGCCAGGAAGGAGACGGUGCAUCGAUCCAGUUGUGCUUCAUUGCUUCCGCGGAUUUCCAUAUUGAAGAGCCACGAUCCAUGGUGACCUAUUCUACACUUCCACAGACAAAGCUGCCACUUACCAACACCGGUAUCUCAACCAUAUCUCCGCAGACGCCAAAGGAACAUGGGCUAUACCGGAACCUCGAGCGCUUUCUGGAUAUGCAACCGGCUACCGCUGCGGCCAGCAAGCACAAGGAAGACGGGCACAAAGGCCCUUCCUCUGCACCCUCUAGGUUUUCGGCGGAAAGGUUCCGCACACAGGCGCCGCUGGGGAGUGAAGCUGAACAUGUAUCAGCAUUGGCGUUUUACAUGGACAAAGGCCUGGCUUAUAUACCCGCAAAUCACAGUGGUUAUGCGCUCACCGAUGCCAGUGCUUGCGCGACUCUGGACUUUUCUCUUCGAUUGUUCACGCAUGACAUCGAUAUGCGACAAUGGCAUCUGACGGAAGCAACAACAUCAGUGGCUGGGAAUGCUCGAGCCUUUAGCGAAGGACGCGUAUGGGAUGAGAAUGGUCGUCUGAUUGCCAGCAUGACGCAGCAAACUCUUCUUCGCCCGAAGGCUGAUUUCCAUCCACGCAUUUAA